AUGAACAACUCCGACCACACCCACUCACCCACGGGAUGCGCCCGCGUGGGGUGUUGUCUUGCAGAUGACUAGGCCGUUCGACCAUCACUUAAGCUCGGGAAUAACCACACUGCUUGUUCUCAAGAUGGCAAUGGAAAGAUACUACCUCACGUCACAAAUAAAUACAAGGAGAGGCAACAUGAAGAUUUGUCUUUGAAUGAUAAGUUUGUAUUAUUACCUUUCGGUAAAUUUAGAAGUGGAUGAAGAAAAAGAGAAGAAGGAAAAAAAAAAAAGGCCAGGGUGGUUUUCUAGAGGACAAAUAAAGUUUUUCCCUAGCCCUUUUUUUGAUGAAAAACAUCCCGUGUUUAUGCCCGUUUCCUUUACUCCAUGCGAAGGGUAUAAAUCGAUGCGCGAACCUUAUGGCCGCGGCAUGCAUGCUUUGUUUCGUCGGUGCACUCGGCUCCUCCAUCUUACACGCGGCAUCAUCUUGUCCAGAGUGCGGUGCGUCGGCCAGGGAAACUCCGCAACGGAAGGGCGGAAGGGCGGAAGCGCUCCGGCUUUUCACGCCGGUUUUGUCGGCUUCCGCCGGCGCCGCCCUACUCAUCCGGGUUUCCCGACGCCACGAUGUGCGGCAGAUCAUCCUGUCCGUAGCUCUGUGGCCGUGGACGGCGUCGACCGCGGCUCCUGUGGUUGAUACAACCAGACGCUUUCCCUAUACACCCAACACCCUCCACAGGCUGACCCGGCUCUGCCUGCGCCCGGUUCUA